AUGACUUCCUCAGCCACGGCAGCAACCACCCUCUACAAGCCCGUUCUUGCACGCCCGUCAGAAUGGCCUGCAUGGUACACUGCCCUGGAAAAGGUCGCCGGCGAUAGGGACCUCGGUGAAGCCAUCGACAUCAGCAACGACGACUGGCUCCCGCUCUCUAGGGUCACCUUCAGCACCUUCGAAGACUUCCUUGAUCGCCGCUACCCUCUCGACACACCCCGCACCGCCAAAGCAAAGCGCGACCUUGUCGACAACGCUACCCCUCAACAAAUGCAGUCCUGGCGGUCUUUUGAGGCACAAAAACUGCGUGAGCACAAGGCAUUUGAGAAGCAGGAGACCCUGAUCCGAGAGAUCAAGGAAUGGAUUCGCUCUAGCACGGCCGCCACGUACGCUAACCUCGCUGAACCUCGAAAUACGGCCCUGAAGGACAUUGUCAGGAAGCUUCACACCCUGGUUUCGAUCUCCACAGGAGAAGAGGUCGAGAGAGCCCGGGAGGCCUACCGAUCAGUCCUCAGGAAGCCAGGGAAGUCGCUAUCACCCUCCAAGUGGUUGCUCCAAUGGCAGGAAGCCUACAGCGAGGCCGUCAGGCUGAACAUCGAUGAGAUCAAAGGCACCCUCGCAAGGACUUCUUCACAGCUGCAGGGACAUAUGACGCCAACUGGAAGGGCACCGUGA